ACCAACACACCCACCUCUUGACACACUCGCAUUUUCUCAUUUCUUAGUUCUACUAUAAUAUAGAUAGCUAAACGGACUCUCGGAGCUCACAAAUCAUAGAGACUUGUCCUGAAAAACUAGCAAUAGUUUAACAGUAAAUCUGAAAUUCAACAUGGAGUCCCCUCCAGAUCCAGCAAGCGACCCGGGCAACAGCGCCUCCGAGCCGGCUACCCCGGCCAGGGAAACCCCGGUAAACCUGGAGACGCUCCGAAAAGCGGACCAUCCAGCCCCUGUUCGAAGGCAGACGUGUUCAAGCACCAACAGAGGUGGACUCACGAACAAGCAAGGUAUUUCAGUAACAAAGAAGACACAUACCUCUCAAAUCGAAAUAAUUCCCUGCAAGAUCUGUGGAGACAAAUCAUCAGGCAUCCAUUACGGUGUGAUAACAUGCGAAGGCUGUAAGGGCUUCUUCAGGAGGAGUCAACAGAGCAAUGCGGCCUACUCAUGCCCCCGUCAGAAGAACUGCCUGAUCGACCGCACCAGCCGCAACCGCUGCCAGCACUGCCGGCUGCAGAAGUGUCUGGCAGUGGGCAUGUCACGGGACGCGGUGAAGUUUGGGCGCAUGUCGAAGAAGCAGCGGGACAGCCUGUAUGCGGAGGUGCAGAAACACCGGCUGCAGCAGGCGCAGCGUGACCACCAGCAGCAGCCCGGCGAGGCUGAGCCACUCACACCCACCUACGGCCUCUCGGCCAAUGGCCUCACAGAGCUCCACGAUGACCUCAGUGGCUAUAUGGACAGCCACACCCCCGACGGCAGCAAGCCCGAUUCAGCAGUCAGCAGCUUCUACCUGGACAUCCAGCCCUCCCCUGACCAGUCCGGCCUGGACAUCAAUGGCAUCAAGCCUGAGCCCAUCUGCGAUUUUGCCCCCGGCUCAGGCUUCUUUCCCUACUGCUCCUUUACCAACGGAGAGACAUCCCCCACCGUGUCCAUGGCUGAGCUAGAGCACCUGGCCCAGAACAUCUCCAAGUCCCACAUGGAGACGUGUCAGUACCUGAGAGAGGAGCUGCAGCAGAUGACCUGGCAGGCCUUCCUGCAGGAGGAGAUGGAGAGCUACCAGAUCAAGCCCCGGGAGGUCAUGUGGCAGCUGUGUGCUAUCAAAAUCACAGAGGCCAUCCAGUACGUGGUGGAGUUUGCCAAGCGCAUCGACGGCUUCAUGGAGCUGUGUCAGAACGAUCAGAUAGUGCUUCUGAAAGCAGGCUCUUUGGAGGUUGUGUUUGUCAGAAUGUGCCGUGCCUUCGACUCUCAAAACAACACAGUCUAUUUCGAUGGAAAGUAUGCUGGGCCCGAUGUGUUUAAGUCAUUAGGCUGUGACGAUUUGAUCAGCUCCGUCUUCGAGUUUGGGAAGAACUUGUGUUCUAUGCACCUGUCUGAGGAUGAGAUCGCCCUGUUCUCCGCGUUCGUGUUGAUGUCUGCAGACCGGUCCUGGCUCCAGGAGAAGGUAAAGGUGGAGAAACUCCAGCAGAAGAUCCAGCUGGCACUGCAGCAUGUCCUGCAGAAGAACCACAGAGAGGAUGGCAUACUCACCAAGUUGAUAUGCAAAGUGUCAACACUGCGAGCGCUGUGCAGCAGGCAUACAGAGAAGCUGACGGCUUUCAAAGCAAUAUACCCAGACAUUGUGCGCUCCCACUUUCCCCCGUUAUACAAGGAGCUCUUCGGAUCGGACUUUGAGCAGUCCAUGCCCAUUGACGGGUAGCCAGUAGCCCUGCCAGGUGCCAGUGUGGCCACGCGGGGAAUGUCAUAGGGAGCAUGAAUCUGAGACACUUUAACGGUGCCCUGCACAAACCAGGACGGACGGCACACUGCACACUUUUAUCUAUUUUUCUUUCUGGAGGGGAGGGUUGGGGGGGUUUGAUUCUGUCUGUUUAUUUCACUGGGUUUAGUUGUCUCCGUUUAGAACCCAGGUGGGACUCUAAGCCCAGGGGACAUGAAGAAAAGUUGGAGACAAUGCUUUCUUUUUGGAUGAACUUGACCCUCUCAUGCACAUCAUUCCAGCAUGUUCCCAGGAUGUCUCACACUGUUUAGCACUCAUUGUUUGGACUUGUUUCCACAAAAGAUAAUUUACUUGUAUGGAGAAAAUGAUUGAAUAUGUCUGUGCACAUGCCUAACCUAAAGUUCUCCUCAGCAACCAACAAUCUGGCUCUCCACUUCUCCUCUGGAGCUUCAAUGUCCCAUGUCUUAUUGCAUUGGAAAACAGUUUCAAUCUAAACUGUAUCAUGUACACCAACGAAGAUAGCUGCCAGGGCAUGUUUAUCCUCCAUUAAUCCUUGGUAAAGCUUCUGUGAGAAUCACAAAUGGAAAUUCAUUGCUGCUAAUGUGCAUGUCCUGGUCAAGUUCAGCCCCUGUUCUCUUGUGUUUAGUUGUAUGUUUGGAAUGCAGUGUUUAGAAUGAGAACUCGCAGCGACUUUGAGAGAGGCUCCUUCAGUGUGAGGCAAUGUAAACGGCACCUCUCUAUGGACAAUCAUCUAAAAAGAAAAGUAGAAUUCUGGUAAUUCUAGUCAAAACACAAUGAUUUUAGCUGUCAAAGACUCCAUCCAUCAUGGUUGCUUAGUGAAAUCAUGUAAGGCCAUCUGCUAUUAAUCCUUGUGUGGACAGAUACCCUGGAGAAACAUAGGGCACCGCCACAACAAUAAGGGUCCAUUCCACCUGUUUUAUAAUGUACUACAGGGUAUACGUAUAAGUACUUACUAUACAGAAAAAAGUAAUGUUUAUAGAUUCUAUUUUAAAUAAAAUGUAUGAUAUUAGUAGUUAGACAAUUCUUAAUUGUUGAAUUGAUAAGGCACUUUUAUUUGCACCUUUCUUUAAUUUAAGACUUGUAUAUUACCUAGUGAUGUGUUGCAUGUGCACAAGAAAUACCAGUUGAACCAUGGUCACAGAGGCUAGUCCUUAGAGCUGCAGACAAUGCUGUUCUGGGUGGGGGUUUGUUUUGGCUAGCUUGGGUUUGGCUGUGAGAUUGCUAGGAUGGUAUGUUCUGGAGAGGCAGGCAAGUCACAUUCACUCCAUCACCUAUUAGUUUAAUACCGCCGACACGCAUGCAUGCACUCUCAAACAAAAGCACACAUGCAAAAUAAACCUGGGCUGAAUUGCUGAUGCUGAAGAUGUUUCCUGCUCGAUCCAACGUCUCCAUCUAGUGGAAAGUAGAGACACAGUAGGCCAUGUGAUGGAGAACUUUUGAAAUGCAGUACAAUGCCGAUUAGAGAGGGGUCCACACAGGCCUCAGACCAUCUGUUGAUCCUUCUGUUUACCCUUACACGCUAGUGUGUUUGUGUUAUCAGUGUGGAGGAGUGACUGUGACUGCCUCUUCCCCAAAGGCCUCAGCCAAGCGAUGCCAUUUGUUAUGGUACAGAAAAGGGGGAAGAAGGAGAUGUAAUAUUCAAAGCCUUGUCUGGUAGUAAAGCUUCUAUUUUUGUAACAUGUAGAGUGAAUUAAACUCAUGAAAGAGAGGGGGAGAGAAAGAGAAGUCAGGUAGCACUUACUAUAUUCCUGCAAUAAUUAGAGAAGCUGUUUGUAUGACUAGUAGAGAAACAUGACAAUGGUAGAACAAGUGCUAUUUUCAGAAUGCUUUUGUUGUUGUGGUUUUGUUGCGUUUGUCUUUCUUGUCGGUGUGGUAGAGAAGCGGUAGAAAACCCUCUGGAUGUGCCAUAUAGUAAGUUGUUGCUCCUGCUUUGCCGUUUACAUACCCAUAAUAUAGAAUGAAUUGUUCUGACAUUCCAGAAAACUCAAUGGUGGCUUGUAGAGAAUUCCCAUUGAAUCCUGAUAUCCCUUUAGAUAACCCAUAACAGCAUGGGUGCAGUUUAGACACAACCUUCACCAUAGUGUUGUUUUAUUGUUUUUGCACACGAUCAUUCCUCUGCCGUGAAAUGUGUACAAGACAGAGAAUCUUGUGCUGUCACCCCUCAGGGAAGAGUUAUUUUACGCUUUCUGUUUGAAAUUUGAUCUCUUGUGUUGUUGGUCCUCAUUAGGUUUAGUUCAUGUUUUGUUCGGGGAUGUUCAAUAUUAAGUGGUAAAGAAGAACAGGUGAAAUUCAUUACUGAGUAGUAUUUUCCAUUGCUGAUGUAAAGUACUUAAGGGGCUGUUUGGCUAAGCACCAGAACUAGAAGUCAAGCUCAUAACAAAAACAAAACUUUAUUUUUUCCAUGUUUACAGUCAGUUUUCCCAUUGGCCAUACAGAAUAGUUAUUAUUUAAUCUACACUAUAUUUCUAUUAGAUACAAUUCCAAUGAUAACGUUCUUCAUGUGGACUCCAAUGUCACCAGGGCCAUUGUUACAAGUGUAUUAUUAUGAUUACCCUCUGUGUUAGAUAAACCAAAUAUACUUACGCAAUAUAAAAUAUCUCUUCUUUCGGCUAUAUUAAUGCUGUGCUUAAAUAAGGGCCUGGGUGACCACCAGUAACCACUACUCCCUACCAGUGAAACCCAGUCUGUCUCAAACAGUGAUUGACAAUCCAGGUGAUAGCGGGCCUGCCCUGUGGCCCAGUGAGAGAGACAUGGAUGCUCAGGGAGGUAACAUACAGACAGACCGGGGAAGCAGGUCUCUUUCCUCUGGACAUAAUGUAUGCGUAGCAUAUGCUUUGCUAUUUCAUUAAUUUAUGAGCUUCUCAUACUCUUUGACAGCUCUCGAUUUAUUAUGGGAGGCAGGUUAAGUUUUUCGUAGCACAUUGGACAUGCAGUACUGUACCUUCUUUUCACUAAGUCAGUCAAAUCUUUACUUUUUCUACGCUUGCCCCCUAGCAUAUUCUCAGCCAAGAACUAUUUGGUAGCUGUGUGCAAGUAACUAUGAUAGGUUUCUGCCAGGUAGCCACUGGAGUGGAAUCCCAUUUCCUGAAACACAGAUGUCAUUCUCUGUCUCUAUGUCUAUCAAACUGGUCCUAAAUAAUAGGUCUGUUCACUGUGUUGUUAUGUCUUUGUUUGUGUACAGUUUGAUAGCAAUAUUGAUUUGACAAUGGGAAAUGAUCAGAGGCAUUGUGUCUGUCAGUUUCAACAAACGUCUCUGCACCCACAUGGCGUGGAGGGAUACAUCAUCCUGCAUGCUUUCAUUUUAGACAUAUGUAGCAAAGGAUUGCUGCUGAGUCUGCUAGUAUAUCAAUGUGAAUAACACCUUAUGGUCCUUCUGUCUCUGUGUCACUCGUGUAAACAAGCAAUAGUGUGUGUGUGUGUGUGUGUGUGUGUGUGUGUGUGUGUGUGUGUGUGUGUGUGUGUGUGUGUGUGUGUGUGUGUGUGUGUGUGUGUGUGUGUGUGUGUGUGUGUGUGUGUGUGUGUGUGUGUGUGUGUGUGUGUGUGUGUGUGUGUGUGUGUGUGUACUCACUGUGUGCAUAAGAUAAACCCCAGACAAGGCUUUAAUAAACUAAGAGGGAAAGGGUUAUGUGAAUGAGGAGUCUAGUAGGUCUUUCCCUGGAUUCGGUAACAGAGAUUUGUUCCAUCCCGUAUAGGGUUUAAGUGUUAUAAGCAUGACAUAAUACCUCUUUACAAUUUAUAGUCCUUUAAAGCGCACUGGAGCAAAUGACUAACCACUCAGUCUCAUGACGUGUUCAGUGCAGUGUAAUUGGUAGAGAGACAAGUUGACAAGGGACAACACACCAUCCUGCAUGUCAUACAUGUUAUCUUGAGAUGAUUUGACUGCCUAGGAAUCAUGGGACUCCUAUUUAUUUGCCAUAGAAUAUAGAUUGUAAAGGUAUGUGUGAUGUCAUGCUUACAACUGUGCUGUAUUGAAGAGUUACCCAGAUCUAUCAGUCAGUUCAAUUGCAUUUUAACAAUACUCUCAUUUUCCAAAGCACAGCUAAUACAGUUUUAAGAUUAAAAUAAUAUUUUAAAAAACAUUUUAGAAUAUAGUCAAAAUGGAAAAUUGAGAAAAAAAAACUUCUAGCCAUAAUCGAAUGUCAAGCAAUAAUAUGUGGUGCAUUAUUUUAAUUUUGUGCAAAGGCUUUGGACAUCUGCAUGUAAAUACACUUCUUAUUUAUCACUUUUGUUUUUGUUUUAAUUUGUGUUAUUUGGUUUUGGUUGUUAUAUUGUUUAGUCAGUAUAUUUGAUUGGUUCUGUUCCCAGGUGGAGGAUAAAACCUCAUGACCUGUAAACUAUAUAUCUUCAUUUCUCUCUCUCCCUCAUCCUCAACUUUUAAUCCACAAUAUUUAAUGUUAUUAUUGAUCACAUGUAUAAAGGUAACUUUGUAACUUCUGUCUGUAUAGGUAAGGAGAAAAUACUGCUACUAAGGCCUACAAAUAUUUAUAUGUUUAUCAAAUACACCAUGCUGUACGAUAUCUCUGAUUUUAAUAUCCUUCUCUCCUUUAGGAUUAGAUUGAUAGUGGUAGGGUGUGCCAACAUUUAUUUCGUGUUAUCUUGAUGUGUGGUGCUAGGUAAGUUCCUUUUGUGGACAAAGUCUUGAUUCCUAGACUUGGCCACCCUAUUAGUUCCUUCAUUUCAUUAAGUAUUGGUGCAUUAUUGAUAUUAGGACAAUAAAUAAUCAUGGUAAUGAUAAUGAUGAUAGUGGUAAAUUUACUUCAAACCCAGCCAGUACAGUACCUGUAUCAGUGUGCUAGUCCUGGGGUAAGGCUCUUAUUUCCUUCUCACUUAAAUUAUUAUCAAAACCAGUAUCUACUAAUAAACAGGUUAUUUAAGGGUUGCUCUUCUGAUUUCUGAAAAAAAGUCUAAAACAGCAGUAUUGUUUUUCUUUGUUCUGAUUGUAAAAAAACACUUGCUGAGGCUGUAGCUGGUCAUAUUUGCAAAUGCGGAGUAUUUACCUCUUUAGGCUGUGUAGUACUUUACAUAGGAAAGUACUGUGCUAUUGUCCAUUUAAAACAGCCAUUUAUGGCUUCCUUAUUUCAAAGUUAGUCUGCCCUGAAACAGUGUUUUUCUUUUAGACCAGUUUAGACCUUUGGCACCACCAUUGUGUUAUUAGAAAAAAUGUACAUGAAAAAGAUCACCGUUAGAGGUUAUAUAUUUUUUGUAACCUUUUUUUUCUUUUCACUCAGUAGCAAAUAUCAGCCAGAAUGUGCUUGCAAUAAUACACAAUGUACUACACUGAGUGCCUCUCAGUGUUACAGGAUGCAUAAAUGGUAUUCAAUGUUAUUGUUUUUGUUUUCCGAACAUGUACUCAGCUGACAAUGUAUUUGCACGUAGGUUUACUCUGUCACCUAUGUGUUACUACAUUUCUCAUAUUCUGUCUUUAUAAAGUACACAUUUUAUUUUUUAUUUAAGGCACCAUGUUAGAUAUUCAGAUGAUAUAAAUAUGUUUCUCCCUCUCGUCUGAGUAGCAUAACUGGGAAGGAUGUAGUAAUGUAAAAUGGUCAAAUUGAUGAAGUACAUUCUGGCUGACAAUAUUGCAUAAAAGAUGACCUGCUGAUCCAGGUUCUGGAUUUGACAAAAGAAUGGACAAUCCACAUUGAUGUUUUUCACUUUGUUUUGUGAUCAUAAAAUGAUGAUUUCUUUAUUGAGAACAGAUAAUUGACUAAUGCAUUGUAUUUCAAAUAUUCAUAUGUGUAUGCAAAAGAUGCAUACAACACAUCUGAAUUUCUUUAAUGUUCUGUGUUUAAUGUAAGCUCAAGGGGUUGGGGUAACUUCAUGAUGGGUCGAGUGUGGGUGGGAUAUUUCUCCUUGUGAAAGCAGUAUGAACUGUAGAAAGCAGAAACCGGUAUGUGGUUGUCACAAAUUUUUAAGUCACAUGUUUGCUACUUACGAUGGGAACAGAUGAUCAUGUACCUUUUUAUCCAGCUCUUUUGAGCUCUCUUUAGCAGGUAGUCUAUUCACAAAAGUAGUUUUGCUCCUUCUUGUCUGAUUCUUAAAUAUGGAAAUACGUAUUUUGAUUCAUUUUGUACAUACAGGUGUAAAGAAAAAUAAGAAAUGCAAUGUUGUCUUUUAAAUACUUUCCAUUCUAAUAUGAAUGUUGUUAUAUUGUACUUAGAAACUGUACCUUUAAUAUUACCUUUAUUAAAAGUGCAUUGGACACAUCGAUUUUAGAUGUGCUUUUAUGUGCUGUUAUCCCAUAAUAACA